UCUAUGUUGACUUUUCAUGGCUUAAUUUUCGGACGGUUUUCUCUAGCGAGUCGAGAUCUAUUUAUAUGGCCGUGGUCGGAAUAUUUGUUAUAAGGACCCAUGAUCAUGUAAACAGAUCUCGAUACUUACUAAGGAAAACUGUCCGAAAAUUAAAUCGUGUCUAAUCAUGAAAAAUCAACAUGGGAAGUCAAUAAAGUCCGCGUUUUUGCAAGACAGACAGAGAUGAGUACAGUGUCUCUGUCUCUGUCUGAGACAUUAAUAGUAUGUCACGCAUGCACAGAAUGAGAACCUUCCUAUCUUACAUGUUAACUUUUCACCACUAGUCACGACUCAAUUUCCGGACGGUUUACCGCAGGUUUAGGUAUAUGAGCUUUGAGAUCUGUUUGUAUGAUCGCGUAGAAGCCUACUUGAACCUAACUCACAAUUUAUAUAAUAUACUAUGCUUUAAGUAAUUUAUACUAUCAUUUAUAUACACUUAUUAAUUUAUAAUAUCUUUAAAUUAUAGUUGUUUAAGUUAAUAGAUUAAUUAAUUUGAAUCAAAGGUUGUUAAUAAUACUUAAACUAAAAAAGAUAUGAAUCACAUUUUACGAGUACGAAUGUAUAGUUCUGGUACUGUAUCUGCAAUACAAAAAAGUGCAAAAUCAAUCAGAAAUGAAUUUUUGGAUUAUUUUAAAAAAGAUUUGGGGCAUACUUUUAUUCGAUCAAGCCCUGUUAUUUCAUAUAAUGAUCAUACAAUAGCAUUUGUUAAUGCUGGCAUGAACCAAUUUAAAGGAAUUUUUUUAGAUUAUUACAAUCCGCCUGCAAUGAAAGUUACAAAUUCACAAAAAUGUAUAAGAAUCAGUGGAAAACAUAAUGAUCUGAAUAUAGUUGGAAAUGAUAGCUAUCAUCACACAUUUUUUGAAAUGUUAGGAAGCUGGUCUUUUGGGAGUUACUUUAAAGAAGAAGCUUGUCGUUAUGCUUGGAAUUUAUUAACGAAACAUUAUGGUAUUAACGAAGAAUGUUUAUAUGUAACAUAUUUUGGUGGAGAUGAAAGAUUGGAAUUGGAACCUGAUUUAGAAUGUAAAGAUGUUUGGUUAAGUAUAGGCAUUAGGGAAGAUAAAGUUCUUCCAUUUGGGUUACAAGAGAAUUUUUGGGAAAUGGGUAUUUCAGGACCAUGUGGUCCUUGUACAGAAAUACAUAUAGAUCAUACAAAGCAAUUAAAAAAUCGGUGUAUGCAAAUUAACAAGGGUUACACAGAUCUUACUGAACUAUGGAACAUAGUCUUUAUACAAUAUGAACGAUUAUCAAAUGGUACAAUAGUACCUCUGCCAAAACAUUAUGUUGAUACAGGCAUGGGAUUUGAAAGACUAGUUGCAGUAUUACAAGGAAAACAAUCCAAUUACGAUACAGAUAUUUUUCAACCAUUUUUUAAAACUAUUCAAAAAUAUACAAAAGCACCAGAAUAUAAAGGUAAAUUUUAUAAUGAUGAAAAUGAACUUGAUAGUGGAUAUAGAAUUUUGGCAGAUCAUAGCAGAAUGAUUACUGUAGCUUUAGCAGACGGAGUUAUACCAGAACAAAGUAAUAAACUUAGGAAAAUAAUAAGAAAAUCAAUUGAUGUUAGUGAAAAAGUAUUUAAAAAACAGGGAAUACUUUCUGAACUCUCAUAUAUUGUAGUAGAAAAUUUAGGUGAUGUUUAUCCAGAACUGCAGGAAAAUUUAAAAAAGGUGCAAAAGAUAAUAGAAUUUGAAGAAGAAUUAUAUAAAAAAUUAAAGCAUGAUUGUUGUAAACAAUGGACAAAUAUUGUUAAAACAUAUCCUCAAUUGAGUUCGAUUACUGAACAACUGAUUCCUGGACUUGAAGGUGGAUACAAGUACCUUCAACGUGUACUUAAUAACUUAGAAGGAAGUAAUGUUUUAUCAGGAAGUGUUGCUUUCAAGUUAUAUGACACAUAUGGUUUAAGUGUAGAAAUAAUUACUAAACUAGCAAAUAUUGAAUCUCUAUAUUUUGAUAAAGUAGCUUUCCAGAAAGAAUUAGAAUGUCUCAAAAAUCGGUCUAGAAUCGGCCUUGAAAAGAGUAGUAUAACAGACAUAAAGAAAUCUUUAGAAAUACUUGAAGAAAAUUGUAUACCUAAAACUGAUGACAGCUUUAAAUAUAAAUGUGUUCUUAAUGGAAAUAGUUAUGAGUUUCCUAAAGUUGAAAGUAAAAUUAUGGCAUUAAUUAUAAAUGAUAAUACAAUAAUAAACAAAGCAAAUGAAAAUACAAACAAAAAUAUACAUUCAACUGUUAAUGAGACAAUUACAAAUUACAAUGCAGAAUCAGAUAAAGAUAAAAUUGGACUUAUAUUGGAUAAAACAUUAUGUUAUUCAACACAGGGUGGUCAAAUAUCAGACAAGGCUAUCAUCUGUUCAAAAAAUUGGACGUUUAAUGUAUAUGAUGUGAAGAAAAUUAAUGGAUAUGUUAUACAUUAUGGGAAAUUUGUACAAACUGAUUUGAGAAAAUGGAUUGAAGAACUAAACCUUAAAGAUGAUUGUUUGGUUUCCAUUGAACCUGAAUUUCGUGUAGGAGUAAUGCAACAUCAUACUGCAACACAUUUAUUACAUGCAUCAAUACAACAAAUUAUGCAAUUGAAAGAAAUUGAAGAACUUAUAAAUAAUGUUAUAAUAGCUAAUGUCCCAGUUACUACAAAAAUAUUAAAUGCUUUGGAAUUAUUAGCAGAAAGUUCUGUAACAUUAAUACCAGGAGAAAUUCAUUUUUAUAAGGAUAUUAGGCUCAUAGAAAUUAAUUUUCAUGAUUUAAGAUCAAAAGAAGCAUGUUGUGGUACACAUGUAUUUAAAACAGGAGAAUUAAAAUAUUUUUGUUUUCUCAAUUAUUUCUCAAAAGGAGCAUCAAAUUUUACUCUUGAAGCAACUGUAGGAUCACUUGCAAGGUCUGCCAAAUUGGCAGGUGAAAAUAUACAUUAUAAAAUUUUGGAUUUAGAAAACGAAUUGAAAAAUGGAAAAGUAACAUGUAAAACAUUUAAAACAAUUAGUAAAAAGAUUGAGAGUGAGAUAAAAAAUCCCAAUAGAAUACCAAUACCAUAUCUCAUUAAAGAAGAGUGUUUAAUGAAAUUAAAAGAUUUAGAUAAAAUUUUUCACAUACAAAUGCAAGAAAUAAAAAAGUAUUCAAGAAAACAAACAGGGAUGGAUUGAGAUGUUUGGGGUUUAAGGAUAUUUUAUAGAAUUUUCUAUAUUAUGUACAUUGUACAAACUUUUGCAUUUCUAAAUUUUCUAUAAAUGCAUAAAUAUCUAGUAAUUGACUUGCCAUGUGUAAAUGAAAUAUAUAUUAAAUUAAUGUUUGCAUUUCUUAAUAUGUAUAUUAGAUUAAAUUAUAUUAAUUAUAAAUAUAUAGAUAAAAUUUUUGUAUCAUUAUAUACAAUAAUAUUGUACUUUUAUUCAGUCAAGUUUUAUAAUACAACAAGCAUAUUUAGGUGCUUUAUUUUUCAUAAAUUGUCCUAUAUUUUAUUUCAUUAUAAUUAUUAUUCUGCAAAAUUUUAUAUUUUUAUGUUUUAUAUAGACUAUUACUUCUGUAUCUCUAUUAAUUACAAAGAAUUAGAGAUUUAGUAAGUAAUAAACAUGUUUUAACUUGUACAUAAAAAUUUUGUAACAAAUAAAAUUUUAUUUAUAUAUA